AAAAAAAAUUUUUUUACGGAAAUCGACGGAAAGGUCUACUAGAGACGAAAGAUUGCCCGAUAUUUUUCACUGUCUGUUCUUUCCCAACCCAAACCAUAUCAACAGCUACUGUAAAAGACUGAAUCAGCUAUCGAUGAAGCGUCUCUGCCAAUAUUCCAGCAGCAGCAGCUCUGAUACAAACUCAGAUUCUGAAGAAAAUAUCAAGGAACCAAAAGAAAAGCGUCGGUUUAACUUCUUUGCUUUAAAUGAUGAUGAUGAUGAUGAUGAAGAAGAAGGAAACAAGAGGGAGGGGAAAAAAGGUGAGGGGAAAACUAGUUCAGCUGCUGACACAACGAAUUUAUGGUAUAAAAGUCCUCAAAAGACUGUGUCUGAUUUUGUUAUAAUUCAUGACGGAAGCAGCGUCUCCUUACCGUCUGUGGAUUUCUGGGAAGGUAUUUCUGAAGAAGAAAUCGCAAAUGCAGGGAAGUUGAAAGAACAUUUUCUUAAAAAUGUUACUGAUUCUGAAACUUUAAUUACACCGUUUGAUGAAGAAGAAGAAGAAUUAACUGCUCCAGAACAAGAAGCAUCGAUGUCUAGUAAAGCGUUGGUGCCUGAUUUACAAGAAUCGUCUUGUGUCAAGGCUUAUACAAGCAAGAAGCAAAGACUUCAUAAAAGCGAGAAUCGUGGAACAACAUCUGAAAGUUUACCUGGAAUUAAUUCGAUGCAAACCAAGCGGAAACUUUAUUUUGUUCACAGUAAAAUUGGUCCAUACCAAUCGAAAGCCUUCCCUGGCCCAAAUCAAAUAGCCAAGAAGAAAGAGACUACAAUUCAAGCUCAUGUGGGCAGCAUUAACCGUAUUCGGUGGUGUGUCGCUCAGUACAGUCAUCUCCUGCUAUCGGUGGCGGAUGACUCCCUAGUUAAAAUAUGGAACGUUUGGUCGCUUUUGGAACCGUGUGUCCAGACAGUUACACAUCAUUCUAGUUGUGUUAAAGAUGCGGAAUGGAGUAGCUGUGGCCGUCAUGUGCUCACCUGUGGCUACGAUCGGAAAGCUGUUGUUACGGAUGUAGAGACAGUGCCCCAAAACCAGACUCUUCCAGAAAGCCUAAUUAAUGCUACCAUCUUCAUGCACAGGAUCUGCUUUACAAACCCUUUCCCACCACGAGAUUGUGCCAUGUGCUCGCUACCACCAGUCAAUGCCAACCUGGUGUUGACUGGCACCAAAAAUGUCGUUUACUCCUGGGACCUCAGAACUGCCCAAGAACCAGUGAGACAGUACAACUACAAAGACAGCCUCGGAACUAUACAGGACAUUGUGUUCUCGCGUGAUGGAGAGACAUUCUUUAGCUGCUGUGAUAUCAUCAGUCAAGAUUCAGCCGACCGAAAUAUAAUGGCAUGGCAUUGUCAGACUGGGGUUGUUCUCUCAAAUCAGAUUUACCAUGAGAAAUAUAUAUGUGCCCGACUUUGCCAACACCCCAGGGAGAAUACAUUCCUUGCCCAGAGUCAAGGAGGUUAUAUCGCCUUGUUUUCAUCAAAAUCCCCUUUCAAGAUGGAUAAAUCCAAGAGAUUUGAGAAACACAAGUUGCUGGGCUACAAGAUUGGUUUUGACAUAUCCUUUGAUGGCCGAUAUGUAAGUAGUGGCAGUUCAGAUGGUAAGGUUUAUACUUACCACUUCUAUAAUGGUUUAAUGUUGCAGAGUCUUGAGACUGGAUUCUCUGUGACAAUGGAUGUUGCAUACCAUCCAGUUUUGCCCAGUACCCUGGCAUGCUGCAGUCUGGACGGUGAGAUACAAAUCUGGCGCUGAACAGGACAACCCCUUACAUCUUCGUCUUCUUUUAUGCGAUACUUGUUUCAAUCACUGGACUGUGGCCAGGCUGGAGUACCACUUUGAAGGAUCUAGUCCAGGAACAGACGACCUUUUUUUUUUUUUUUUCAAGAAGCAGGCAAGCAGGCCACAUGAGAUGUGUCUCAUCAUCAUGUGGAUCGCACUACUGGAAAAUUUUAAUAAAUACUAUUUUCCUGGUGAAAUUAGAUGUGCCAUUCAGAAAGUGCCAUGGGCUGCAGUUUACUCCUGACUGGUCCAGUUGAACAAAAAUGAACGCCAUUUAUUUUUUUAUAUUUUUAAAGUCUGGUACUUGUUCUAUUGAACGGCUAAACUAUGGGGAAGUAAACAAACCAACAUCGGUUGUCAA